AUGUGCGUGGGGGACCCUGCGGGAAUAUUUGAACUGGUGCAGGUUGUUGGAAAUGGGACAUAUGGACAAGUCUAUAAGGGUCGCCAUGUUAAGACUGGGCAGCUGGCAGCAAUCAAAGUGAUGAAUGUUACUGAGAAUGAAGAGGAGGAAAUCAAGCUGGAGAUAAAUAUGCUGAAAAAGUACUCCCAUCACCGGAAUAUUGCUACAUAUUAUGGGGCUUUUGUAAAGAAAAGUCCUGCAGGCCAAGAUGAUCAGCUCUGGCUGGUGAUGGAGUACUGCGGUGCAGGCUCUGUCACUGACUUGGUAAAGAAGACAAAAGGGAACUGUUUCAAGGAAGACUGGAUUGCUUACAUCUGCAGAGAGGUUCUCAGGGGAUUGGCACAUCUUCAUGCUCACCAUGUCAUCCAUCGAGAUAUUAAAGGACAGAAUGUUCUUCUCACAGAAAAUGCAGAAGUAAAAUUGGUGGACUUUGGUGUAAGUGCUCAGCUGGACAGGACUAUUGGGAGAAGGAACACAUUUAUUGGCACCCCAUAUUGGAUGGCACCCGAGGUCAUUGCUUGUGAGGAGAACCCAGACUCUACGUAUGAUUACAGAAGUGACCUGUGGUCUCUGGGAAUCACUGCUAUUGAAAUGGCUGAAGGAGCUCCCCCCCUGUGUGACAUGCAUCCCAUGAGAGCACUCUUCCUCAUCCCAAGGAACCCACCCCCAAAGCUGAAAUCCAGAAAAUGGUCAAAGAAGUUCCUGAAUUUUGUUGAAAGCUGCCUUGUAAAGCAUUACUUGCAUCGUCCAUCCACGGAGACCCUGCUGAAGCAUUCCUUCAUCCGGGACAUGCAGAACGAGCGGCAAGUGCGCAUCAUGCUGAAGGAUCACCUGGACAGGACGAGGAAGAAAAAAGGAGAAAAGGAAGAAACGGACUAUGAUUACAGUGGAAGUGAGGAGGAAGAUGAUGAGCUGAAUGAAGAUGAAGGAGAACCAAGCUCCAUCGUUAAUCUCCCGGGGGAGUCAACUCUCCGCCGUGAAUUUCUGAGGCUGCAGCAGGAGAACAAAAAUCGUUCUGACCCUCAUCGGCAGCAGCAGCAGCUGAAGGACCAGGAGAAGUACAAGAAGCAGCUGCUGGCAGAGCGGCAGAAGCGCAUCGAGCAGCAGAAGGAGCAGAGGAGGAGGCUGGAGGAUCACCAGAGGCGAGAGCAGGAGCUACGAAGGCAGCAGGAGAGUGAGCAGAGGUGGCCAGAGGUGAAGGUCAGUCAGAGGAAAGAGGAAAGGGGUAAAGAAGAUAAAAGGGCUGUGGAAGAUGAAUGCUUCAUUGUAGAUGGACAGAGGAAAUUAGAAAAGAAGCAGAAGAUGGAAGAUGUGCAGCACAACAGGAAGAUGCACCGAACUCUCCCCAAAGAUCAGACACAGCUGCUGUCUCUCCAGCAUGACCACAAGCAGAAGAAGAAGGAGCCUUCCAGUAGUUCAAAUGCAGGACUGCAUCCUCCAUCAAGCAGCACAAGCAAAGAGGCCGAGGACCGAGCCAAGAAGAGUGACAGCAGCCAGCCCUCGGCGCAGCGGCCGGCGCCGGGACACGAGGCCGCCCCGCAGCCCAGGCUGGGGUCCGGGAGCAGCUCCAGCCCCUGCACCCCCGCGCCACAGAGAGCCCUGCUGCUGCAGUGUGAGGAUUUCCGGGCUAGUAAGGACGUGUACCACAGCAGCUCCCUGUCAGACAUGGUGACAGCUCCGCUCAGCCCCGGGCAGGACGACGUGUUCUGGAGCACGAGCCACAGCAAAGAGCAGCCCCCAAAGGUUCCUGAAAGGACAACCUCAAAAUUUUACAGCAGGGAUCAGCCUGGCCAUCAGAGAUGCCUUUCAAGUAACACUCAUCAGGCAUCCCCCGGGGGACAUGCUCUGAAGCUGAGCAGUAGCAGCAGCACUCCUGGCACCAAGCAGUGGGAGAUGGGAUCUCAUCAGAGCAGCUGGUCAACCUCAGGGAAUCCAGGACUGGCCAAAGCAGAGAAUGUUUUGUCCCAGAACCAUGUGCUGUUGCAUCAGAAGCCUGAAAAAGUUUCUCAUCCAGGCCAGAUUGCAAGUCCAGGCUCCUUUCCCAAGGUGAAGGACAGUGCCAACUCCUUGUUAAAAGCAGCAGACUACUCCUCCUCAAGUGAUGAAGUCAGCAGCAGCAGCAGCAGUGAUGAAGAUGACACAAACCACACAAGGCAACUGCUAAGCGGCAGAAUUGCAGAUUUCUCAAGGACAAGGGUAGCAGAUGGAAUUGAACUGAAACCCCAGAGCACCGUGGCAGAACAGAAGGAUCAGAUUUUAGGGAAACAAAUUCCAAGCACCCAAGAAGGCCUUUGGAGCAUAAACAACCAGAACUAUCUCCUGCCUGAUCUCCUCCAGCAAAGCCAAAUUACAGAUUCCUCUGUAAACCCGCCACAAGUGCCACUGACUUGCCAGGAACCUCAGAACAAACCUCUGACUAAGAGCCCAUGUGCUGAAAGCCCACCUGCCAAGAGCAGCACAUCCUCCACAACAUCCUUCACAUCAUUCAUAGAUCCAAGACUUCUGCCAGUCACCCCUCCCACCAGUCCAGUAGGACCUUCCUGUAGUUCUCCAUCCAGUGCCAAACCUGAGCCUGUCAGGAGGGAAAAUGCAAGGAAGGGUUCCGUUGUCAAUGUCAAUCCAACCAAUAUCCGCCCACAAAGUGACAGCCCAGAAAUCCGUAAAUACAAGAAGAAAUUCAACUCUGAGGUCCUGUGUGCUGCUCUGUGGGGAGUAAAUUUAUUGGUGGGAACAGAGAAUGGAUUGUGGCUGCUGGACAGAAGUGGGCAAGGAAGAGUUUAUACACUGAUUACAAGGAGACGGUUCCAGCAAAUGGAUGUUCUGGAAGGACUCAAUGUCCUAAUUACUAUAUCAGGGAAGAAGAAUAAGUUGAGGGUGUAUUACUUGUCAUGGUUGAGAAAUAAAAUUUUGCGCAAUGAUCCGGAGGUGGAGAAGCGGCAAGGCUGGGUGUCCGUGGGUGACCUGGAAGGCUGUGUGCACUACAAAGUCGUAAAAUAUGAGAGAAUCAAAUUCCUUGUAAUCGCUUUGAAAAACUCAGUGGAGGUUUAUGCUUGGGCUCCAAAGCCCUAUCACAAAUUCAUGGCUUUUAAGUCCUUUACCUCACUUCAUCACAAACCACUGUCAGUUGACCUGACUGUUGAAAAUGGGCAAAGACUAAAGGUCAUAUAUGGCUCAGUAGUGGGAUUUCAUGCCAUUGAUGUGGACUCUGGAUCUGUGUAUGACUUGUACCUUCCAACACACAUCCAGGGGACAAUUCGCCCACAUGCCAUUAUCAUCCUCCCAAACACCAGUGGCAUGGAGCUCCUGCUCACCUAUGAAGAUGAAGGCAUCUACAUUGAUAUAUAUGGGCAUUUCACAAAGGAGACUGUUCUGCAGUGGGGAGAAAUGCCAGCAUCCGUAGCUUACCUUCAGUCCAAUCAGGUCAUGGGCUGGGGAGAGAAAGCGAUUGAACUACGCUCUGUGGAAACAGGAAAUCUGGAAGGAGUAUUUAUGCACAAGAAAGCACAGAAGCUAAAGUUUCUAUGUGAAAGAAAUGACAAGGUGUUCUUUGCAUCUGUGCAGUCAGGAGGCAGCAGUCAAAUAUACUUUAUGACUCUUGGUCAAAAUGUACUAUUCAACUGGUAAAGUACAUCAAAAUGAAGAAAAUGAAAAAUUCCCUUUAGGUAGCCGUGUAAAAUUCUCAGAGGUAAUACACACAAAUUUGCACUUCUUACCUACAAAAAUGUUGUCAUUAUUGACUUAUCAAAAUUCAUAUUCUUUCAGUCUGGAAAGAAUUCCAUUUUCCUGUUGAAGUAUUGCAAACAUGUUUAAUUUGUCUUUCAAAGUAUGUUGCAAACAAAGAUUGUAUUUGGAGACUUUAGUGAAGAAUGUAUCCAAUAUAAGAAGUUUCUGUACUCCAAAAAAUGGACAGUUUCACUUUCACAGGUGAUGUAAUUUGAUAUCUUGAACUGAAGUCACUUUUUAUGGACAGCAACAGCUGUAGGUAGAUACAAAAACAGUUGGAAUCUAUUUUGAAUUGGGCUGGGGAAACUGUUACUGUGUCACCAAAAUGAACUUGAAUGACUUGUCUAAGUCUUACAACAGUGAAAGAGUUUGUGUUGUGUCCCAGCACAGACCAGAAGGCUUGAGGGAUGCUCCCUCCUUGGACCUCGAGGGGUCAUCCCCUGUGCUGGGUGGACAGGUGUGUUUCAGUACCACGUUGUAAAAAUAGUUCAUUCUGAACAUGUGCCCUGUCUGGGAGAUUUCUACAAAUGCAGGAGGGGACAGAUUUUUUGUUUCUCUCAGGGCUGGAUGCCUGAGCCCAUAGACACAGUUACUGUAGGAUGUAUUUGUAAAAAGAGUUUAAAUAGUUUGUCAAAAUCACAGAUGCAUAAAGCAUUAUGAAACAGAACCUGUAACUUUUAUUCACACCUGGGACCCACACUCAUAUGAAUUGAUUUAAUGGCACUACCCAUGUAUAUAAGGGCACAAGAGCAGGCACUUUCUUUUCUUCCUUCUUGCUCUUUCACAUCAAGUCUUUAUGUAUUUGUAUGUAAAUAUAAUCUUUCCCCAAUGGAUGUUAAGAUUAACAAAUGUAUUCUUAAUAUAGUUAUGAAAAUAUCCAAAGAGUUAAUCUAUUAUAAAUAGAAAAUAUAAAUAAUUCCAGGU